UGUGAUGUUCUCAAAUGAACACGCGCAUAGCACGUGACCAUCUUUAUUUCUCCCUUCAGCAAGCUCUUUCUUCCCCACCACCAAUACGGAGUGCGAGUAGUGGUACAACUAUCAUCUCACACACUGCCUCUUUUCUCGCUCGCUCAUUUCUUUACCGACAAACGCAAAGCCCUUUCUUUCCCUUUUCUCGGAAUUUUCUUUUCGUGAGAAAAAAAAAAGCCCGAAUUUCGCCAUUCCUUUCCCAUUUCGACCGCACACACGCGCUCUGCAUUAUCUCGCACUCAAAUUCAACCAAUGUGUUCGUGCAAUCAAACUUGGUAAUUUUGGCGGAACUUUUCAGGCUCGAAUUGCGCGGAUCUCAAAUCCACGAAACCAAAUGCACGGGUACAGCCGCCUCGGCGGAGCAGCGCGGUCGCCGCCGUCGUCGCCGCGGUUUCGCCAUGGCCGGAGCAAGAGCAGCAGCUGGGGUUCGACGAAAGAGGGCAGUUCCAUGGAGAAGUUGGUGUUUAUUCUCAUGUCGGCGGUUUUCAGGAGGCGAGGGUUGCUUCUCUUUGCGCCUUUGUUGUACAUUUCGGGAAUGUUGUUGUAUAUGGGUUCGUUGAGCUUCGAUGUCGUGAGUAUAAAGAACGGUGUCGUUGUUGUACACAAGCGUGCUCCUCCCGGUUCUGUUUAUAGGAGUCCUCAGCUCUUCCAAAAGCUAUUGCCUUUCAUGGAGGCUGAGGCUGAGGCUGCCAAUGCCAAUGGAACUGUCAAUGUGUUGAUGAAAGCAUGGCCUAGAAAUGAGCUUAGAGAGUGGAAGCCCUGUGCUAACAGAAGUGUUCCUGAAACAGAAUUGCCAAAGUCAAAUGGGUUCCUUAUAAUUGAAGCAAAUGGUGGAUUGAAUCAGCAACGCUUAUCGAUAUGUGAUGCAGUUGCUGUGGCUGGGCUUCUAAAUGCAACUCUUUUUAUUCCUAUAUUUCAUUUAAAUAGUGUAUGGAGAGACUCAAGCAAUUUUGGUGACAUUUUCGAUGAAAAUUUCUUCAUACAAUCACUUGGAAAUCGUGUGCAUGUGGUGCGAGAACUCCCCGAUGACAUACUUCAACGAUUUGACAAUAACAUAAGUAAUAUUGUCAAUCUUAGAGUAAAAGGAUGGUCCAGUUCAGCUCACUAUCUUCAGAAGGUCCUUCCUCAGCUUUUGGAAAUGGGGGCUGUUCGCAUUGCUCCUUUCUCCAACAGAUUAGCUCAGGCAGUACCCUCAAAAAUCCAAGGGCUUAGGUGUUUUGCCAAUUUUGGAGCUCUUAGAUUUUCAGAACCUAUAAGAACACUUGCCGAAAGAAUGGUUGACCGGAUGGUUAAAUAUAGCUCCCAAAGUGGUGGGAAAUACGUUUCGGUGCAUCUUCGUUUUGAGGAGGAUAUGGUUGCAUUUUCAUGUUGUGAGUAUGAUGGUGGGGAGGAGGAGAAACGUGAAAUGGAUAUUGCGCGUGAAAGAAGUUGGCGAGGUAAGUUCAGAAGAAGGCAUAGGAUAAUAAAGCCUGGUGCAAAUCGUGUGGAUGGAAAAUGCCCGUUGACUCCAUUGGAGGUGGGAAUGAUGCUUAGAGGCAUGGGUUUUGAUAACACAACCUCAGUAUAUGUUGCAGCAGGAAAGAUUUAUAAAGAACAAAAGUACAUGGCACCACUUAAACAAAUGUUUCCACGAUUACAAACCAAGAAUACACUGGCAACACCAGAAGAGCUUGCUCAAUUUAUGGGGCAUUCGUCUAGGUUGGCUGCUCUUGAUUAUACCGUUUGCCUUCAUAGUGAAGUAUUUGUUACAACCCAGGGUGGAAAUUUUCCACACUUCUUGAUGGGUCACAGGCGCUACAUGAAUGGUGGGCAUGCAAAGACAAUUAAACCCGACAAAAGAAGAUUGGCUUUAUUAUUCGAUAAUCCUAAUAUAAGGGUCAAGAUACAUCAUCUAGAGGGCUUACUCAUGGAAGGAUCUGAAGACAAUCAGUUGCUUCCUUAUUGAAGGAUUGGUUCUGACAUGAUUGGAUCCUUUACAGCACGUGGGGUGAAAAUGGGCCUCAAAAAUUUAGGGUCUUGGUUGCUAGUGGAAGGUGCACUUGGCUUGACCACUGGUCCCAAAGGCAAUGGCAACAACAGGGGUAAGCAAGCAAUGGUUUGCUAGAGUGGAGCAACAAAAACAAAACUCCUAAGAUCUAGAGCUCUGAUACCAUGUUGAAGAGAAGUUGGGAGAAAAAAAAUUGUAAAUUAAAUGUAUGUUCUUACAUUCAUUAAUCUCCCUUGUAUGGGAUAACCAUUAUGCCUAGAAAGGAAAUAACAGUAACAGGGGAACAAGUAUCACAUGAUACUCUCAUGUGUUUUUGACCUCGUAAAAAUAUCUUGGAUAUUUAUAGGCUUGUUUCUCAUUAAAAAAAAAAAAAA